AUUUCUUUCAAAUUUGUGAUCCAUUGUUCGUUCACAUCUUCAGAUUUUGUUUUCUCGCGAAAAUUUUCUUUAGAAAUCCUUCAAUUUGAUCAACAAUGGCUUCUUCUGCUGACAACAAUCUUACCGACAAAAACAUUGUUUUCAGAAAACUCAAAUCAAAAUCUGAGAACAAGGUCUGCUUCGAUUGUAGUGCGAAGAAUCCAACUUGGGCAUCGGUUACUUAUGGGAUUUUCCUCUGCAUCGAUUGUUCAGCUACUCAUCGGAAUCUCGGUGUUCAUAUCAGCUUCGUCAGAUCAACGAAUUUAGACUCGUGGAGCCCUGAGCAGCUUAGGACAAUGAUGUUUGGUGGCAACAACCGCGCUCAGGUGUUUUUCAAGCAGCAUGGAUGGACUGAUGGUGGCAAAAUUGAAGCAAAGUAUACUUCAAGAGCUGCUGAUUUGUAUAGGCAGAUUCUUGCUAAAGAAGUUGCUAAAGCGAUUGCAGAAGAGACGAAUUCUGGUUUACUGUCAUCUCCAGUUGCUACUUCUCAGCUACCGGAAGUAUCUAAUGGGGGUUCUUCUUAUUCUGUCAAGGAAGAGUUACCUCCUCCUAAAUAUGAAGGUGCCAGUGCCACUUCUUCGCCUAAAGCUUCUAAUACAGUUGUGCCUAGUACGUUUAAGAAACCUAUCGGUGCUAAAAGGACAGGCAAAACUGGUGGUCUUGGUGCGAGGAAGCUUACUACUAAGCCAAAGGACAAUCUCUAUGAGCAAAAACCGGAACAAGUUGCACCGGUUAUUCCCGCUGCAUCAUUAACAAAUAACGGGGAAAGCAAAUCAUCAGCUGGUUCAUCAUUUGCCUCUCGGUUUGAGUACAAUGACGACUUGCAAUCUGGAGGACAAAGCAUUGGUGGUACACAAGUGCUUAACCAUGUUGCUCCACCAAAGUCGUCAAGCUUCUUUUCGGAUUUUGGAAUGGAGAGUUCUUUUCCCAAGAAAUCAAGCUCCAACUCGUCAAAAUCUCAAGUUGAAGAAUCAGAUGAAGCAAGAAAGAAGUUCACAAACGCAAAGUCCAUAUCUUCAGCUCAGUACUUUGGGGAUCAGAACAAAAACGCUGAUAUGGAAUCAAAAGCUACUCUUCAAAAGUUUGCAGGCUCAGCAUCUAUCUCAAGCGCUGAUUUUUACGGUCACGACCAAGAUGAUUCCAAUAUCGAUAUAACAGCUAGCGAUCUCAUUAACCGACUUUCUUUCCAGGUAAAAGAUCCAUACCUACUCCUGAUUCUUUGGUUCUUGUUCAGAUCUUUUAACCUGUUGAUGAAUGUUCGAUUUCAAAUGUUUGAUUCAGGCGCAACAAGAUAUAUCGUCCUUGGUGAACAUAGCAGGGGAAACAAAGAAGAAGCUUGGAACUUUGGCUUCUGGUAUCUUCAGUGAUAUUCAAGACAGAAUGCUGUAAGAAGAAGACCACGAGGUCUCACAUGUUUUUUGAGUUUUUGAUUUGACAGAGAAAAAAAAGUAAGAAAGAAGCUUUGUCGGAAACUUCCAAUGAGGUUCACGUUUCUCUGUUUUUAUAGAGCUUUUUGGGAUUAUUGAGACGUGGCUAUUGUUGUUAUCAUCAACAUCUAUAUUGAUACACACUAUUAUAUUGGACAUGUUAUAGACUUUAUUAAAAUCUUUGUUUGUUUGCAGAAAAAGUGGAUUUAAUUGUGAUGA